AUGGUAAGCCCCGAAUUCACAACGCAUGCAAUAGUUAACUUGGGAAUUGGCCUGCCAAUGCAAUGCACCGCACAUAUUCCUCCAAACUGCAAUGUCCAGCUGCAAACCGAAAAUGGCCUUUUGGGUCUUGGACCCUACCCCUCAACAGUUGAGCUUGCAGAUUCUGACUUGGUCAAUGCCGGUAUGCCGAUGGCAUCCAUAUUGAUAGGAAAGGAAACCACUACCAAUCUUCCUGGAUCGUCUUUUUUUGGGUCUGAAGAGUCUUUCGCCAUGAUUCGAGGAGGCCAUAUUGAUCUCACCAUUUUGGGCGCCAUGGAAGUGUCUUCAAAUGGAGACCUCGCGAACUGGAUAAUUCCAGGAAAAAUGGUCAAAGGAAUGGGCGGCGCCAUGGAUUUAGCAGCUUCUCUUGAGACAAAAGUAGUGAUCACAAUGGAGCACGUGUCGAAGAACGGGAAGCCUAAAAUCCUGGAUCGCUGCAACCUUCCCCUCACGGCAAAGAGCUGCGUGAACCGAAUAAUUACGGACCUGUGUGUCUUUGAUGUUUUGUCCAAUGGUGAAGGUCUUGAGCUGAUUGAAUUGUUUGAAGGUACCACGAUGGAGGAAAUUAGGGCCAAAACCGGAUGUUCAUUUAAAACAUCCAAGAACCUCAAAGUGAUCCAAUAA